UCCAGUCAAACUGUGCGGGGGUGUCAGUCUGGGGUUGUGUCGCCUCCUGGUUGUAUGUGGGUUGGAUGUGAGGUUGUACUCGUACACAAAGAUCCGUCACUUGAACCCCAAACUUAUUCGAGGAGGAUACUGGCCGGCGAUCGCGACUCCAGCGUGUGAUCAGACCAUGGUGAAUGAAUGACACUGCCCCGCCCCAUUGGUGAGCCCGGCACCGUAAGGAAGGGGGCGGGACCGGACUCUGGGCAUGGAUGGGUCCACUCCACUCGUCCAGCCACCGUCACUCAGUAUUCCAGCAGCAUCCAGCCGGUAUGACUGCCCCCCUAUCCUGCUCCUGCCUCGCCCACAGCUCCUGUUCGCCACCCCAUGAGGAAAGCAGUGCAGGAAGUAACAUCUUGCCCUUAAGAACACCACGAUAUCCCCUUCAAGGCGUCGUCAGGGUAUGGCACGACGGUCUCAAGAAGCGUUCCCCUGAUCGUCCUCUUCUGUGCCAUUUGCUAGUGUUGGUCUCCCUCCAUCUCGUCCUUCUUCCCGCCGCUGCAGCUACGGAGGUGCCGCUGAUCCGCUGCGAGUGUUCCACCGCUGACUGUGCCGCGGCGGGGGUGACCUCCUGCACCACCACCUCACUCUGCUACUUCCAACACUUUGACCACCGCGACGGCUCGCACCCCAUCACCCGCGGCUGCAUCACCUCCAGCAGUGGGAACUCCCUGCAGUGUCUGAACCUGCACAUGGCUGAGCAGCGCAGGUCCUGGCCCUACGUGGUGUGUUGUGACACUGACUACUGUAACAGAGAUCUUCCCCUGCCCAUCACACCUUACUUCCCUUUGCAAGCCGGCACUGGGAAGGAAGAACAGCAGGAGAAAGUGCAGGACACGUCAGCCCUCCUUCAUCACGGUCUGGCUGGCAUUGCCCUUCACCACCACCGCCGCCACAACACUACCACGAUCAAGGGCCCUCAUGAAGCACUGCGACUCAACACCAUCUGCCUGGUGGUGAUUGGUGCUGCUGUCGCCUUCAUGGCCUCCAUCAGUGUUGCGGGGCUGUGUGUUGUUGCGAGAUACAGAUCCACCUACAGCAGAGCACCACAAGGGCCCAUGGAUGUUGGGAUGGAGAAGCUUAAGCCAGUGGAACCUAGCGCUCCUCCACUGGUCUUUGCCUACCCCCCUGCCUCACCCUAGUGCCCCAACCUUCCUCACCCAUAUCCCCACCUCACCCUUGUUCUCCUAAACCUCACCUCGUGCAGGGGUUUCCAGCCUGUGGUCAUGACUACCAUGGUGUAGCAAAGGAAUGACUUGGGAGAACUUCAUAGCCUAUGAUAGAGAACAAUUUAGUUUAUCAGCUGCAGCAGUUUAGUUGUUUUAUACAUAAUUUUAUUCUAUUCAUUAUAACAUCGUGCUGUUUUACUAUGCUAAAUCAAAUACAGGAGGUCCCUAUUAUGCGAUGUUUCACUCUUUUGUUUGUAAUAUUUUGUGGAAGGAAACAAAAAAACUUCCCUGUUCUUUCAUCAUUGUGAUAAAUUACUUUCGUAUGAGGCAUGCUGAUGACAUCACAGCAUCUACAUGACCACAUUUAUUUGCAACUAGCACACAAUUUUAGUGGUGAUAGGUUACUACACUUAACCCUCCAUUUGACAGAUUUUGGAUUUAACGGACUAACCGCUACCAGUAAAGUUGGGAGCAUGGCAAUGGUGCGCAUCUCAGUCCUGUUGGCUCUGAGCCUGUGGUAGGAGAGAACCCUUUAACCCAACAUCGGGGCAGUGCAACAUCUGGGGUUACCACAAUGUUGCAACAGACUUUUUACAGUAAUGAACUAGUCAAUUUUCCAUUGGGUCUGUUAAAUCAAGGGUCAAGUGUAUUUUGCGGUGAUUGACUACUAAUUAAGCGCCAAGAGGUUACUCUCCACUAGGUAACAGUGGGGUCGUUAAUAUAUAAACAGGCGUGGGGGUUCAAGAUGGCUGAGCAACCUGUGCUGUGGUAUUUGUUAUUUAUCUUGACACCCAGAACACAGCGCCAUUUCUGCAAGAAGUUCAUUCUAGCACUAUUGUAGCUGUUCUGUGGCAAACAAUAUUAUGCCCACAAGAAAAGCAUCAUACUUUACCCAUAAAUGAAGGUCUGUCUCUCUGAAAUACUGCUUAAGUCUGAAUUAAACCCUAUUAUAUAAUAUACCUAUGGAAUAUGAUGUUUUGUUAUAUAUUCCUCUUGUUUUUUUCAGUCUAUAUUACAGACAACAAGGAGCCCCUGUAUUCUCUAAUUCGGCUAAUUGCAGGGGUAUAUGGAGUGUUCAGGGGUUUUGAGAAAGGGGCUGUGUUUACAAAAAGGUUGGGAACUAUUACCUUAGUGCUUGACCCCCUCUUAUGAACACUGUAAACUGAGCUACCAUGUGACAACCCGAAUCCUUCCUCCUCAUCCGCCCAUAAAAACAGUAAACACUGAAAUGUGUGUAUUUACCUAUUUACCUAUUUGUAUUUACCUUUUUAUGGUUUACAGGACCUGCACUAAGCUCGGAUAGUCCUGUCUCUUUGUCUAUAUUUGUCCAACCUCUCCUUCAUUUGAUGGACACUCCCCACCUCCACAAUCUCCUCCUUUAGACCAUUCCAUUCAUCUACACUUCUGUAUGGGAAACUGUACUUCAUUUUAUCCUUCUGACAUGUUCCUUUUUUCAACUUCUUAUUGUGUCCUCUCAGCCCCCUUCUCCCCUGUCACAACCAGGUCACUUUUAUCAAAUUUGUCCAGUCCAAUAGUAAAUUUAUACAAAGCUAUUAAGUCUCCUCUUCGUCUCCUCUCCUCAAGCGUCAUCAAUUCCAUUUCCUCCAAUCUGUUAUUUGGCAGAUUAGAUAAUUGGUACCAUUUUGGUCGCUAUCCUCUGUAUCCUUUCCAGCUUCCUUAUAUCUUUUUCUUGAAGGGGAGCCAAACCAGUUCUUCAUAUUGCAAUCUUAAUUGGUCUAAUCAUUGCCAUUAUGAUUUUUUUCAUCAUAUCCUUAUCUAAAUAAUGAAAUGCCAUUCUAAUAUUAAUAUUUUGCAACAAAUUAUGUGUUGUGUGUGUGUAUUUACCUAUUUGUAGUCUACCGGGCCCGAGCUAAACUCUAAUAAUCCCAUCUCCAUAUCUACAUUCAUACAGCCUUUCCUUCAUUUGUUGGACACUGCUCACCUCCACCACCUCUUCCUGCAAGCUGUUCCAGGUGUUAACACUUCUAUGUGGAAAACUUUACUUUUUCAAGUCACUCAAACAGGUUCCUUCAUUAAGUUUUUCCAUGUCCUCUCAGCCCCUGCAUUCUCGCAGUUAAGAAGAGAUCAUCUCUAUCCACCUCAUCAAACUUAUUUACCAACUUAUACAGCAUGAUCAGAUCUCCUCUCUCCCUUCUUCGUUCCAGUGUCAGCAAUUCCAGCUCCUUCAAUCUGUCUUCAUACGUCAUAUUCGAGAGUUCUGGGACCAUUUUAGUUGCAUUUCUCUGUAUCCUUUCCAACUUUCUGAUAUCCUUCUUUUUGUGAGGCGACCACACAACUGCAGCAUAGGGUAAGGUGGGGUAAGAUGCCCCCCUGGGGUGAAAGGCCCCCCUUGGUUUUGGUCUUAUCAUUGUUAUUAUUUUCUUCAUCAUUUCUUUGUCCAUAAAAUGGAAUGAUACCCUUAUAUCUUGCAUCAUCCUGUAGGUUUCUCCAAACAGCUUGUUUAUUUGCUUUUCUGGGGAAAAUGUGUCUUGCAUCGUUACUCCCAAAUCUUUUUCUUCAUGUACCACCUUUGAGUUUUCUUCUUCCAUCCUGUAUGUUUUCCUUGGUCUUUUUUUUAUUUUUCCCCAUUUCCAAAGGGGGGCUUCGUGGUGCAGUGGUUAGCACACUAGGCUCACAACUGAGAGAGCCCGGGUUCGAUUCCCGGGCGAAGUGGAAAAAUUUGGGCGGCUUUUCCGAUACCCUACGCCCCUGUCCACCCAACAGUGAAUGGGUACCAGGUAUUAGUGGGGGUUUUGUGUCCCGUCUCCUGGGAUCUGUUCCAUUCUCCUAUAAUUCCUUCCCCUACUGUCUCUCUCCGGCAUAUGACCAAUUGUUGCACCGACUAAACAAAACUUUCCAACUUUCCCCAUUUCCAUAACAUGGCAUUUGUUUGCAUUAAAUUCCAUCUCCCAUAACUGGCUCCAUUUAUACACUCUGUCCAGGUCUUUUUGCAGUUCUUCACAGUCUUCCUCCGUUCUCACUUUUCUUAUUAACUUUGCAUCAUCUGCGUCAUAUAACUUUUUAUACCCUUUGGCAUAGAAUUUAUAUAUAUUAUGAACACUAUUGGUGCCGGAACUAAGCCUUUUGAAACUCCACUCUUUACUCUCCUCCAAUUUGGUUUCUCUUCUCUAAUCACCGUCCUCAUUUCUCUUCUUGUUAAGUAAUCCUUCAUCCACUCGAUAACUUUUCCACCCAUUCCUCCCCACUGCUGUAGUCACCAGAUUAAUCUUUUGUGCGGAACCUUGUCAAAAGCUUUUUUUCAAAUUGAGAUACAGUAUACACAAUCAGCCCAUCCUUCUCUCUCUUGCACCACAUCUAUUGCUCUUGAGUAGACACAUAAUAAGUUAGUGACACACUAUUUCCCUUUUCUAAAUCCAAACUGUCCUUAUUUAUCAUGUUUUCCUUUUCUAAAUGUUCGACCCAUUGUUUUUUUUAUUAUACUUUCACAAAUCUUGCACAUUACACUUGUCAAGAGACUGGUCUAUAAUUUAGUGGUUCAGUUUUAUCUACAUUUUAAGAAACUGGUACAAUGUUCGCUCUCUUCCACUCUAAGGGCAGUUUUCCUGUAUUUAUAGAGCAUGUUAUUAUGUCAUAGGGGGGGGGGGGAUAAAAACUCCCUAGAUCUAGGGAAAGUCCCUAAAUUUAGGGAAUUUUUCCUCCCACCACCACUAAAUAAGCGUUUGCGACAAAUUUAGUGUUUCCCAUACAAAAACCACGCACUCAGUGGAUCCCCAAGCUUGUUUUGGGAGAGAAGCGUUCUCUGGCUCAUGGCUACAACAUGCAAGACCUGAAAGCAUAUAGCAUAGAUUAAGUGACACAAUACAAUCUGCCCUCGCAAUUAGGUUAAGGCUUUCCAAUCCUCUUCUUUAUUCUUAAUUUGCAACCAAAAUAAAGUAAUACCAGUCAUUCUGUUGUUUAUCCAUACAUAUCUGUAACACAGAUUGAGGUUUUGGUUUGAACCAUUUGUCAAACAUACAUAUCUGAUGCCAUUCUUCACAUGGGAUGAAGGAUCAACCGAGAUGUGUUUUUUUUGGUUUAUUCUUGUAAAAAUUCUUUGAAAAUACAACCAGCUGACUAGCAGGAUAAAGGAGCAAGAUACUGGGCACAAGUGGGGUAAAAAUAAAAUAAAUUUCACUACGGCUUUGGGAAUGUUCUUUUUCUUCUCUUUUCCUUUGAGAUUCCACUAUGCUAGAGACCAAUUUUAUUACCCAGGUUUAAGGAUAUAUAUAUAUAUAUAUAUAUAUAUAUAUAUAUAUAUAUAUAUAUAUAUAUAUAUAUAUAUAUAUAUAUAUAUAUAUAUAUAUAUUACAUUCAUAUAUAAACAAACUAAAAGCCAUAAAACCUUAAACCAAACUAAAGGAAAAAAAUGAUGAGUACUAAGGAUUCACAGGGAUCAUGGGACUGGCAGGACAACCACCAACAACCCGAGUCUUUUACUUUUUCUCUAAAUAAUAACAACAAUUCAAGCUGAGAGAGAGAGAGAGAGAGAGAGAGAGAGAGAGAGAGAGAGAGAGAGAGAGAGAGAGAGAGAGAGAGAGAGAGAGAGAGAGAGAGAGAGA